AUGUCGGAUCCUAUGGAUACCUCGAUAGCAGAUCAGUCCUUUGACUGGAAGAAAGCUGUUUGGACGCUCAAAACAUCACCAAAGACAAAGCUCUUUGUAUGGAAGGCACUUCAUGGAGCAAUCCCAGCAGGAGAAGCACUUAGAGCGCGACAGAUAAAUGUUGAUGGGAAGUGUAAGAGAUGCAACCUACCGGAAACUAUAGAUCACUUGUUCUUUCACUGUCCUUUCGCAAAACAGGUUUGGACCUCGGCCCCUGUUUUCCCAAGUAUUGAGUACAAUGGAUCUAUAGUUUUGAGGAACCAAUGGAUCAACCUCAUCUCAAGGAAGAACUUACCGCCAACGGGAGUAGAAGGACAACUCGCGCCCUGGAUCCUUUGGGGAAUUUGGACGGCAAGAAACAAUCUGGUUUUCAACGACAAGCUCACCUCCGCAGCUGAAACGCUUUCAAAAGCCAUCUAUUUGGCCCGGGAAUGGGGAACCUGCCAAACCAUCUCCAGCCCUUUACCGGCUGUUCCCCCAACGUUAGCCUAA